CGAGACAAAAAAGCUUCCGCAAAAACUGAACUAGCACGUUGUUUACGUUAUGACGAUAUCACAUAUUGUGAAAUUGUGGACAUGUAAUAAAACAUGUAGACAGUCUGAAAGCCUUAAACUGUUACGAUAGCAUUCUCACAACACUCCGAUAAGUUAGCCCAUUACAAGCAGGCUCGCUAGUAAUGUUAGAAAGCUAACCUUCCGUUAAUAUUCAGUAACGUCCCGUAUCCUGAAGUCUUGCCGACUGCCUAAUAAUGCAAAAAACUGUGAGAAAGAUGUCACUAAGCUAUGAUCCCAUCAAUGAGGACAACACCUUCUCGAGCGGGGAUUUUAUCACAGGACGAGUAACUCUGGAACUGUCAAAAGUAACGACGAUAAGUUCCCUCUCAAUUAAAGCCAAAGGAGAAGCCGACGUUCACUGGACAGAGAAAUCUGGCGAUGACGAUACUUCUUACUCUGCGCACGAAAGAUACUUCAAAUUGAAACAAUUCUUUAUACAUAACGGCAAGGGGAAAGGACAAGAAUAUGAAUUGCUGCUGAUGGGGCAAAGUGGAGAAACGUAUCCAAGUGUUGUUGCUCCUGGAACCCAUGUGUACCCAUUCAUUAUUCAGAUCCCUGAAGGGAACAUGCCAUCGUCCUUUAAGGGGCUUCACGGCAAAAUUGUCUACACACUGGAGGCGAAGUUGAGCCGGGCAAUGCGGUUAAAUAAAACAGAAAGGACUGAAUUCACGUUUCACUCGAAAGCAGAAAGGAUGGUCCCUCACCUGGUGGAACCCUGGUCUGGGUCUGUAGAGAAGAAGAUGAAAUUGUUCACCUCUGGGCAUGUCUCCAUGAGUGUUACCAUUGAAAAGACAGGGUACAUGCAAGGUGAACAGUUAAAGGUCUUGGCGGAAAUUGAGAACAAUUCUUCACGUGCGCUCGCACCCAAGUUUGCCCUGGACCAACGGUACAGCUUCAUUGCAGGUACCUCCACAAACAACGUAUCAAAAAGAAUUUUCAAAGUGGUUGGACAGCGCGUUCCGUCAUCCACACGACAGAGUGUAACCGAAGUCCUGAGUCUCCCUCCAGAUCUAACGGCUUCGCUUUUUCACUGCUCCAUCAUCAAAGUCGAAUACACGCUACAGGUCUACAUGGAUGUUCCUUAUGCUAAAGACCCAACGGUGAAAGUCCCUUUGGUAAUUCUUCCCAAUACUUGGGGAAUUGUAAACAUGACACAGCCAAGCAUGUUGAUGGGGUUUGAACCAUAUGAGAACAAUAACCAAGCUGGAUGGAAUAGCUAUCCACCUCCAACUGCCUCUGGUGGGUAUCUACCACAAACUGCCCCUGGAGGAUAUUCAUCCAAAACUGCCCCUGGAGGAUAUCCACUCCAAACUGCCUCGGGAAUGUAUCUACUCCAGACUGACCCUGGUGCACCUGCAACCGAAGCAAAGUGAACAAUGUAUGCACCCCUGUCUUAUUUAAUAUUUGCAGAUGCUUUAACAUUAAUGGCAUUUUUUCAUUCCUAAUUUCAUUACAUAUGUAGGCCUAACAAUGAAACCCUACCAUAACAUUUUCAGGACAUUAAUAUUUGUAUUUUUACCUAUAAAACCACAGCUGAGAAAGUGCCACGGUGGGGACUAAGAGUAACGCGUGCUGUUUAAUUGGAGUGGUAUGUGCAUGGAAACUUAUGUGCAGUAAAUAAUUAAUUUACAAUUCCAAAUUUCUCAGUCCCCUCUAAUGGCCCACAGAUUUGGGUCUGCUGUUGUUAACGGCGUGCCUGGUAAAGACCAGGGCCUGGAUGAGUAUGUGGAGCACGCCUCCUAACGUCAGCCUCUAUUAUGCAAGCCCUUUUAAUGUAAUCAUUCAAUCACAGACAUAAUGAAUCAGUGGAUUAAUAAACGGAUAAUCGUACUGGAAUAUGUAAUAUAUUUUUUGCAUGUAAGACAGCUACAGAGACACCUGGUGGGCAAUCAGCAGCAUGAAUGUUGAUUUUAAAAAGUUGAGAAAAACUCCAGAGCAGUAUGUAACAUAGGAUCCCGACAGCAAUGAGUGUACUCAAAGGAUUCCAUGCUGUCUCUCUGCCCAUUAUCACCUAAAGACUUGGCAUUGACUCAGUGACCCUGAAUUACUAAAUCACAAUGACGCAUAAUAAUAUCCUGAGCAGGCUCGUUCAAAGAAAUGUACAAAUAGCAAUGUAAGAGUAAAAUCAUACAACCGCUUGGUCAUAUUCCAUAGGCAACAGUUGCUGUCAGGUUUUAUACACGUGGUCUUUUAUAUCAAUGGAAAAAUUUCUAAUAACACUAAAUCGAUCGAUUGAAAUACUUCCUCUAACUGCAUUAAAAAUCAAUAAAACAAAUUCUCUUAUACAUCUAUUGAGUCCGAUUUUGCGGAAUAAAAAUGAAUGCUCCAAACACUGCUCACAAAUGUUGAGGGUAGAGCUAAUUAAUUGUGUUGAAAUUCAUGCAGGACUAUUUAUUUGUAUUAUAUUUAGUAAAUGUGCUAUCUAUUAUAUUUACUUUGUGUUCUUGUGUUCGAACAGUUCUUUGGUAAUGACGUAGGAAAACAGAUUUGAAAAAUUUAUAUUGUCCUGUUGUUAUUACCCCUAUAACUGGCACUUUAUGAAAUAUUCUAUAGAAAAAAUAUUUGAUAAAAUCUGACUGGUAUGAAUUAAAUAAAAUUUUACAUUAAACAAUCAA